CAUACAGCCUCAUAAAUUAAGUUUUACAAGAAAAUACAAGUGCAGUGUUAGCAGUGUUUUCGAGUCGCUUGAAUUGUUGAAGCGUAUGUAUCCUUUCAGAUUACCGUCGAGUUAAAUCAACCAGUGAAAUCGACAGUGAAGCGUCAGUGUUAUCAGCAUGUUCCCGUGCGCUCUGAAUGAAGCGGCUCGCUUCUGGAUGAAGCACUGCACGUCCCGAAGAGCCUUCAGUACACUGCGCUCUCGGUUCGUUUUGGGGAUUGAGACGAGCUGCGACGAGACCGGGGCGGCUGUGCUGGACGAGACUGGAGUGAUUUGGGGAGAAUCUCUGUAUUCUCAGAAAAAGACACACCUGGAUGCGGGUGGAAUUAUCCCAACUGUGGCCCAACGCCUACACAGAGAAAACAUCUCUAGAGUUGUCCAGGAGGCCUUGGACAGAAGUGGCAUUGAACCCAGUGAACUCACAGCUGUGGCCACAACAGUGAAGCCUGGUCUCGCCCUUAGCUUAGGGGUCGGCUUGGAUUUCAGUCUGAAGUUUGUGAGACUUCACGAAAAGCCGUUCAUCCCUAUACACCAUAUGGAGGCACAUGCCCUCACUGUAAGAAUGCUACACCCCGUAGACUUCCCUUUUCUCGUGCUCCUUGUCUCGGGGGGUCAUUCUCUUCUUGCACUGGCCAAAGGAAUAGAUGAAUUUCUUCUUCUGGGGCAAACACUGGAUGUAGCAGCCGGGGACACUUUAGAUAAGAUUGCUAGAAGACUUUCUCUUAGGAAUCACCCAGAGUGCUCGACUUUGAGCGGUGGACAAGCCAUAGAGCUUCUGGCGAAAGAGGGGGAUCGACUCGCAUUUCAUUUCAAGUCACCCAUGGGGCAGCUCUACGACUGCAAUUUCUCUUUUGCUGGUUUGCGAAACCAGGUGACAAUGGCAAUAAACAAAAAAGAAAGAGAAGAAGGUGUUGAAAAAGGACAGUUAUUAUCAUGUGUUAAAGACAUCGCUGCUGCCUCACAACACACUGUGGCGUCUCACAUAGCCAAACGAACACAUCGUGCCAUUUUGUUCUGUAAAUCCAAAGGUCUUCUACCACAGCAUAAUCCAACCCUGGUUGUUUCCGGAGGAGUAGCAAGUAAUGAAUACAUCAGACAGACUCUGAAAAUUGUCACAGAUGCCACUGGAUUGCAUCUGCUUUGCCCUCCGACAAAAUUUUGCACUGAUAAUGGAGUGAUGAUUGCAUGGAAUGGCAUAGAGAGACUAAAGCAAAGAAAGGGGAUCAUGUCCUAUACCGAAGAGGUCAACUAUGAACCGAAGGCACCACUUGGAUUAGACAUCACUUCAGAAGUGAAAGAUGCUGCAAUCAAACUUCCCCCAUUAAAACUGAGGAUAAACUCUUGACAUGCUGUUAAA